GAAGCUCUCCAAGAUCAGUGUGCUUGUUGUUUGACACACGCUCGCACUCACACAUUUUUAUGAGUUAGAGGAAUGCAUCGCCUGUGGUAAGAGUGACAGGAACAGUCAGCCAGGGUUGAGUCACAGCUUUGCGCACAGUUUAGACACUUUCUUCACACUGGUAUCCACAGAAGCAUCUCAAAACACAACCUAAGCGUCAAUUAAGUGAGUUUCAGCGCACUGCUCUGAUGACAGCAAACUAAUUUUCUUCUGCAACCGGCAAUUCAGUCAUUCAACGGAUGGAGGCUGCUCGUGGUGGAUCGUAAAGGGCCAGUGUGAGACAUUCAAGAGGACUGCGUGAGGAUGGCAUGGGGUGUGUGGACCUUCAUGCUUUGCAUGACACUAUGGAUCUGCUCUGCAACUCAAUCGGCAAAGACUGUGUAUCCAAGAUUACGACUGUCUCACAAAGAGUUAUGGGAGCUGAACAGGACGAGAGUGUUCCAGGCCGGAGAGGGGCGUCUGCAGCACUAUAGUAUGUUACUGGAUGAGACUCAGGAAAGGCUGAUCAUCGGAGGAAAAGACAUACUGUACUCUCUCAAUCUGGAGCGCAUCACCACCCCUCACAAAGAGAUUCACUGGCCGAUCUCUGAGGAGCAGGUGGGGGAUUGUUUAAUGCAGGGCAGAGAGAAGCCAGAGUGUGCAAACUACAUUAAGCUGGUGCAGCAUUAUAACAGCACCCACCUGUUAGCAUGUGGGACUGGAGCCUUCAGCCCAGUGUGUGCCUACAUCAGAGUGGGCCAAGGAACAGAGCAGGAAGGAGAGUUCAGGUUGGAGUCUGAUCACAUAGAGAGUGGCAGAGGAAGAUGUCCAUUCCAUCCCAACAGCCCUUCAGCAUCCACUAUGUACCGUGGGGAGUUGUUUGUUGGCUUGUACACUGAUUAUUGGGAGAAUGAUGCCGCUCUAUAUCGUCUAGGCAACCGCAGUUUCAUUAGGACUGAAGUGGGUGACAGACAGCAGCUGAAUGAGCCCAAGUUUGUGGGUUCGGCAGUGAUCCCUGACAAUGACGAUCCUGCUGAUGAUAAGGUCUACUACUUCUUCACGGAACGAGUGGCCAACAUGGAAGGAGGAAACAAAGCCGUUUACACCAGAGUGGCCAGAGUCUGUGCGAAUGACCAGGGUGGUCAGAGGAUGCUGGUAAACAGAUGGAGCUCUUUCCUGAAGACUCGUUUGAUCUGCUCAGUGGCUGGACCCAACGGCAUUGACACACACUUUGAUGAGCUCGAGGAUGUGUUCGUGCUACGGAAGAAAGAUGAGAAAAAUCCAGAGAUCUUUGGUCUGUUUAGCACCACCAGUGCUGUCUUUAAAGGAUAUGCAGUGUGCAUGUAUAACAUGGAAGACAUCCGUGCGGCGUUUAACGGGCCUUUUGCAUACCGAGAACGAACUGACCACCACUGGAAGGUGUACGAUGGCAGGGUCCCCUACCCGCGACCUGGAUCGUGUGCCAGUAAGAUAAACGGAGGCCAGUUUUCCAGUUCAAAGGAGUAUCCGGAUGAGGUCCUGCGUUUUGUGCGUUCCCAUCCCCUCAUGUUCCAGGCGGUGCAGCCCGCUCACAGGCGGCCCAUUCUGCUGGACACUGAAGGAGGACGUAAACUCACACAGCUGGCGGUGGACCGGGUGGAGGCUGAGGACGGACACUACAAUGUUCUCUUCAUAGGGACUGAUAAUUCUGUAGUAUUAAAAAUUAUCACAAUCUACAACAAAGAAGCCGACACAGUUGAAGAAGUUCUUCUGGAGGAAUUGCAAGUUUUCAAGGUCCCUGUUCCUAUUACAGAGAUCCUCAUUUCUACCAAGCGACAACAGCUGUACGUGGGCUCUGAGCUGGGUGUAACACAGAUCCGUGUGCACCAGUGUGGGCUGUACGGUUCAGCCUGCGCCGACUGCUGCCUGGCCAGAGACCCCUACUGUGCAUGGGACGGAUUCACAUGUUCUCGGUACUACCCUGCUGGGCUGUAUACAAAAAGGCGCUUCAGACGGCAAGACGUCCGCCAUGGCAAUGCGGUUCAGCAGUGCAACGGGCUUCAGCUUAGCGAAGAACAGAUCAUCUCAGAAAAGCUGGUAUAUGGUGUGGAGAACAAUAGUACCCUGCUGGAGUGCAGACCACGAUCACUGCAGGCGUCUGUAACAUGGUACAUUCAACAUGGCAUGGAUAUGGAGGAGGUGAAAGGCGAUGAUCAUGUGAUUCAAACCCCCCAUGGCCUCUUGCUUCUUAAAAUAGCGAAGGGAGACGCAGGGGUCUACGUGUGCCAGUCCACAGAGCACGGCUUUGUCCAGACGGUGGUGCGUGUCACUUUGGAGGUGUUGGAUGAGGGGAAAGUGGAGGGUUUGUUGCAUAAAGGCGAGGAAGAGGAAGGCGAUUCUCCGCACAGACCUCCGCCCUGCCCCUUCCCCAGCCUGCCCUCCGCUCCAUCCUCCUCAAAGCUCUGGUACAAGGAUUUUAUGCAGCUGAUCGGCUACAGCAACUUCCAACGGGUGGAGCAGUACUGUGAGAAGGUGUGGUGUGUGUCUGACAGGAAGAGGAAGAAACUCAAAGGAAUGGCACCCAAAUGGCGGUACACACCCGGGGCAGAGCAGCGGGCGAGAGCACGGGCACCUCGACACACACAGGGACAGUAAAGACUGUUAGAACAUUCAAACUCAUGCUCAGUGCAGAUGAUUACAUAUAGACAGUUUUAUAAUUGUUAUUAUUUAAGAAAAGGAAUGAUUGGUAAAGUCAUUAAAGCAUUUCUUUUAGAGUUGCAUCAUUUGACCUGAAACUAUUAAUCUGUAGUCAAUAUGCCAGAUGUUUAAAGGUACACUAAGUCAUUUUUCAUAGACGUCAUAGAUGUGUGAAAGCAAAAUGAAACCGUUUACAUUAUGCAAUGACACAAAUAUACUACAUUGCUAAAUUUUUUCUGAUGAUUUACACUACCAUUCAAAGAUUUGGGGUCAUUAAGAUGUUUUUGUUUUGUUUUAUUCAGCAGGGACACAUUCAAUGUAUUAAAAAUUGACAGUAAAUAUUUUUUUGUUGUUACAAAAAAAUAUAUAAUUCAAAUAAAUGCUGUUCGUUUGAACUUUUUAUGCAUCCAGUAAUUCAGAAAAAAAACGUAUCACAGUUUCCACAAAAAUAUUGAGCAUUGAUAAUAAGAAAACUCUUUCUUGAGCACCAAAUCAGCAUAUUAGAAUGAUUUAUGAAGGAUCAUGCGACACUGAAGACUGGAGUAAUGAUGCUGAAAAUCCAGCUUUGCAUCACAGGAAUAAAUUACAUUUUAAAAUGUAUUCAAAUAGAAAACAUUUAUUUUAAAUUGUAAUAAUUCACAAUAUUACAGUUUUACUGUUCACAAUAUUACAGAUUUUUCUGAUCUAGUAAAUCCAGCCUUGCAUCCAGCAUUACAUCAUCCAAAUCCUAAAAUUUUGAAUGGCGGUGUAUUUCUGUUUAAAUUCAGCGAGUCACAUCCUGUUAUUAGAAAUAAAAACAUUUCACUUUUUUAAAAAAUUUGGACACUUUAACUGUUAGUAAUUUGGUCAAAUAAUUAAUAAGAAAAAAAUAAUUUAUUAAUUUAAUUUAUUAAAAUAAUUGUAAAAAAUUAUAAAAAAACAGCUUCAUUUGUAGCACUGGAAAUAGAGUUUUGGGUUGAAUAUCGCAGAAUGGGAACUAUAAGUCUUUACAUAUUUAAAGUAGCAUAUAUAGCACAUUUUAGAAAAUAUAACAGGUCAUUCAGCUAUUCUAUUCAUAUGGGAAAUAAGAAGAAAAUACAUAGAGCAUGCAUAUCACAAAUGCAUGGAAUUUCUUGGUGUACCUUUAAAAACAGACAAAAAGGAAGAAAAUGUGUAAUCAAUUUGAAUAUUUGUACAGGGCUCUUGUGUAACAUUUGUGCUAGAAAGAAACUACUAAAGUUCUUCUAUGGAAACAUGCAGUGCUAACUGACUGACUGGGCCAUUAAAAGACAAGGGGUUCAAAGACCCUCUCAGGAUGCGAAAGGCAACGUUUUCUCUUGGACUGCUCUGAACAAUGACACAUGGCGGAGGCCAGCUGUCUUCUUGUCAACGAUGUGAGAUUUCCUAUGAAGAUCUCGCAGAAUGACUUUUCCACUGCUGACAAUUCUUCAAGAGUUCCAUUCAACUGAAGAAAACAUUUCUGUGAACGGUUACUUGGCAUCAAAAACCCUCCUGACAGAACUUACGCACAUGCUGAGUAUAUUUAUCUGCAUUUCCAUUAUUUUAUAAAUUAUUCUAGUUGGUGUAAGAUUUGUUAGUUGUUUUUGUGGUAGUUUUAGGUGUUCUCGUAAUUUUAACCGGACAUGUAAUAAUGCAUUUCAGGUUGAUUGCAAUGCGUUUCUAUCAGUAUUUAAAAAAACAUCAUCUUCCUUGAUUAGUGUUUAAGACAUUUUUUUUCUUUCUUUUUUGCUGUGAACUACUAAAUUAGAACCAAAUUAUCAUGAUAUUUCAGUGAGCUCAACAGUUUUGCCCUGUAUCAUGGUGUGUAAAAAUGUGUUAAACCUUUUAAUUGCUAUGUGUUGUAUAAUAAAUGCCAUAAAUCCACACAAAUUUAGCUGGUUAACGUGGCCCUGUUAACCUCUGCUG